AUGCUUCUAGCGAACGCCUUCCUUACAGCCGAUCAUCUCACCAAUGACGAUGCCAAUAACGAAGGCAUGAAAGUUGGAAACGAGAAAACAGAGCAUACAAACCUGGAACCACCAGCUGUUCUAAGAGAUAAUCUCUGCGAUCGCAUAAAUCAGCUCUGGUCCAACGAGAUCAACUCAGAAAUCACUUUUGCAGCAUCUUCCCUGCCUCCAGAACAUGACGCGAACCUCGAACGAAUUCUAUCAUCGAAUGUCCGUGUUUCCCAGUGGACAUGUGGGCACUGGCGCUGCCUUGUCUACGUGAUUUCGCGUAUUACCAUGCGUACCAUCUCCUUUGCUUGGUAUAUCGAGCAAGCGUUGAUCCUCUGGCUGCUUCGCGUGGACCUACACCCAGUGACGCUCCGAGUUUCCGACAAGCUGCUAGAGAACAAUGUUCUUGGAGGUGUUCUCACCGGUUUCUACCAAAUAUCUCGCGUCUUAAUUUUGAUCGCCGUGGCACAUUUCUCUUCCAGGUUGCUAUUUAUUCGCCUGACCAAAGUCGAGCGGAUAAAGCAAGCUUUACAAGAUCUUGCCGUCUCUGCGCCGGUCAGCUAUAAGGGAAUUAUAGUGUUCAUCCAACUAUUCAUGCCGAACAUUCCGGGCUUUCUUUUUAUUCGAGCUACGUCCUCCUGGAAUCAAUCACUGACAACGGAAAUCCUGUCAUAUACUAUGGAGAUCGUGGUGAUUCUUAUCAUUUGCAUAAUGGGCUAUCGACUCCUCCUCGAAGUGUCUUCCAACUCUAAAUCGUCGUUGAAAACAGAUAUAGCUCCUGAGAGCGGCUGCCAGGAUACCCUGAACUUGGAGGCUUCAGCAUUGCGCGAGAACAAAGCGCCUCAAGGGCGAUCCGAGUACCCUCAACUUCUUACUAGCUCUCGCUUUCAGAUAUUCCGGUUAGCCAUUUCGAUUCCUACCAUGAUUGUCUGGGUUUGUAUUCGUUGUUAG